AUGGGAUCCGGUGGGAGCAAGGGUUCUUGCAGGGGAGGAGCUUCCUCGUCGAGUGGUGGGAGGAAGGGAAGAUCUAUUGGAAAGAAUAGAGUUUUCCAAUCCUCUCGCCUGGGAGCGCCUUCUGGAUCUGCUGACUCCCACUUUGACCGUCAGGUGGUUGUUGUUGAUCACCAUAAUAAAGACUACGGCUCUAAUUUCACCAACCAGAACAGGAGAGAACGGGAAUCUGAGUCGGAUCAAGUGAAAAGAGAAUGUUCCAGAAAGGUUAAAGCUGAAUCGGCAUCUGAUUAUGAAAUGCCACUGCCAUGCAUAUCUUCCAAUGGUGUAGAUAUAGAUGCCUCGAGAAGUGGUAGCAGCUCUGGCAGAGCCACCACAGCACUUCGCAGAGCUAAUAGUUUGGGUUCGUCUAGGGCAUAUCCUGUUUCUCCUCCAAGCCUUACAAUAUUGAACCGUGAUGACAACUUCGAGACACUUGAACAUCGACAACUUUCCCCAAAUUCUUCUUCUAUAAACUUAUAUUCUCCCUUAACCUUCAAUGAUUCAGACACAGAUAGAGAUGAAAUUGGUGGGUCAAGUUCAAAUGGUCGUAACCAAGACGAUUCUCUGAUCAAACAUGGUGAAUACUGGGCUCAACAUGAUGAACUACAUGGUGCUUGUUUUAAUGCCUCAGAAGUGACCACUGGAAAAACUAAUGAUAAUACAAAUGAUGGCAUAGUUGAGAUUUCCGAUGAUGGAAGGUUGGAUAAGAUGGAAUUUUUAUCUAACAUCUAG